CCCUCGGGGUCGGCCUCUCGCGGUGGAGCUAGCUCUCAGGCAGCUGGAGCGCGGCUCGCGGAGGCUCGGCGGCAGGAGGAGCGUGUGAGCUGGAGGCGUCCCUUUAAGAGCGGCCAGCUGGGCGAGCCUCCGCCUCCAGGACCGCAGCGCUGCCGGCGGUCACCUGGGGCUGUCGCUCAGCAGGAUCGCGGUAGGACCGGCGCACUAGCCCUCGGAGCCGGAGCGGGGCUCGAACGCGAGGUGCGGCAGGGCAGGCAAAGAGCGCCGCGGUUCCUUUCCACGGUCCGGCGGAGGAUGCGGGAGAGCACGUGGGUGUCGCUGCUGUUGCUGCUGCUGCUGCCCGCGCCGCAGCGGGGCGGCCCCCAGGACAGUCGCCGGUCGCCGGAGCCGGAGCCCGAGCGCGGCCCGCUGCAGCCCUUCGAUCUGCUCUACGCCAGCGGCGUGGCUGCCUACUACAGAGGCGACUACGAGCGUGCGGUGCAGGACCUGGAAGCCGCGCUGCGCAGCUACCGGCGCCUGCGGGACAUCCGCACGCGCUGCGCCCGCCACUGCGCGGCGCGCCGCCCGCUCGCGCCCCCCGGCGCCGGCCCGGGAGCCGAGCUGCCCUUCUUCCGCGCGGUGCUCGAGCGGGCGCGCUGUUCCCGCAGCUGCCAGAGCCAGCGCCUGGGCGGCCCCGCGUCCCGCCAUCGCGUCAGCGAGGACGUGCGCAGCGACUUCCAGCGCAGAGUGCCCUAUAACUACCUGCAGAGGGCCUACAUCAAGCUCAACCAGCUGGAUCAGGCCAUGGAAGCAGCUCACACGUUCUUCAUGGCCAACCCCGAGCACAUGGAAAUGCAACAGAACAUAGAGGACUAUAAAGCAAUGGCCGGAGUGGAAGCCCCCCUGGUAGACAGAGAAGCCAAGCCACAUCUGGAGAGCUACAGUGCUGGAGUUAAAUACUAUGAGGCUGAUGACUUUGAAACAGCUAUCAAGUACUUUGAACAAGCUUUAAGAGAAUAUUUCAAUGAAGACAUGGAGUGCCGUGCUCUAUGUGAGGGACCUCAGAGAUUUGAGGAAUAUGAGUACUUAGGGUAUAAAGGUGGCCUUUAUGAGGCAAUCGCAGAUCACUACAUGCAGGUUCUUGUCUGUCAGCAUGAGUGUGUGAGGGAACUCGCCACCCGCCCAGGCCGCCUCUCACCAAUAGAGAACUUUCUUCCCUUGCAUUACGACUACCUCCAGUUUGCCUACUACAGAGUUGGUGAAUAUGUGAAAGCAUUGGAGUGUGCCAAAGCCUACCUGAUGUGCCAUCCAGACGACGAGGAUGUCCUGGACAACGUAGACUUCUAUGAGAGUCUGCUGGAUGACAGCACUGACCCAGUGUCCAUUGAGGCCCGAGAGGAUUUAGCAGCAUUUGUCAAGCGUCAUGAACUUGAAGCUGAGCUGAUCAAGACAGCUGCAGAGGGCCUGGGAUUUUCAUAUGCUGAACCAAAUUACUGGGUCAGCUAUGGAGGACGGCAGGAUGAGAACCGAGUCCCUUCAGGAGUGAAUAUGGAUGGGACAGAAGUCCAUGGAUUGUCAAUGGGGAAGAAGUCACCACCCAAAAUAGGUCGAGACUUAAGAGAAGGUGGCCCUUUGCUCUAUGAGAACAUUACCUUCGUCUACAACUCCGAACAGCUGAAUGGGACUCAACGGGUUCUUCUAGAUAACGUCCUGUCGGAAGAGCAGUGCCGGGAGCUUCACAGCGUGGCCAGUGGAAUUAUGCUGGUUGGUGAUGGAUACCGAGGGAAAACGUCACCCCACACCCCCAAUGAGAAGUUUGAAGGAGCAACUGUUUUGAAAGCACUCAAAUUUGGUUAUGAAGGCCGGGUGCCACUAAAGAGUGCAAGGCUGUUCUAUGACAUCAGCGAGAAGGCUCGGAAGAUUGUGGAAUCCUAUUUCAUGCUGAACUCAACCCUGUAUUUUUCCUAUACACACAUAGUCUGCAGAACAGCCCUGUCUGGGCAGCAGGAUCGAAGAAAUGACCUCAGUCACCCUAUUCAUGCAGACAACUGCCUGCUGGAUCCUGAAGCCAAUGAAUGCUGGAAGGAACCUCCUGCUUACACCUUUCGGGACUAUAGUGCUCUCCUGUAUAUGAAUGACGACUUUGAAGGAGGAGAAUUCAUCUUCACAGAAAUGGAUGCUAAAACUGUGACUGCCUCUAUAAAACCAAAGUGUGGGCGAAUGAUCAGCUUCUCCUCUGGUGGUGAGAACCCCCAUGGGGUGAAGGCGGUCACCAAAGGCCAGCGCUGUGCUGUGGCACUGUGGUUCACCCUAGACCCUCUUUACCGAGAAUUGGAGCGGAUAAAGGCGGAUGAAGUGAUUGCCAUCUUGGAUCAAGAACAACACGGGAAGCAUGGACUGAAUAUUAACCCCAAAGAUGAGCUAUAGAAAACAGAGUGUUCUAUUGAAUAUUUAUUUAAAUAGAUAAUCUUAUGAGAACCUUUUUAUUUUUGUACAGAGCCGUGGUAUAAAUUAACAGGAUACUAUGAGUUGUUAGAUUUCCCCCUCUGUUCCUAACUUGAUUCACUUUGCUUUUUUCUGGGCCUCCUUCAGUUCAUCAUUCAAAGCCCAGUCACACCCUCAAGCACACACCACACAGAGUCACAACACACACAGUCUAUAUGCCACACAGGUAAACAUAUAACACAAAUACACUACAGAAGCACACACGUGCCACAUACACAUGCCACAAAUUCCCAAACAUGUCAUACAUACAUAAGCAUACCCAAACGCAUACCACCUAGAUACACAAAUACUACAUUACAUAACACACACACACACACACACACACACACACACACACACACACACAGUUAAUUUGCUGCAUAUGCAGAAGCUCAACUUGAUGGGCUGGUACUCAGCAUCCUACAGCUAGAGUAUGCCCUGAGUCUAAAGAUAGAAUGUGGACUGGUCUCAGGCCUCUGUGGUUUGCUGCCUUUCCCCAUCGCCUCUCAUAGUACUGAUGGCUGAGAGUUCAGACUCUUCACAGCAAGCUUGCCUUGUGUCUAUGGAGCCUCAGGAAAUAGUCUGCAGGGCCCCAAGUAUCACAGGGAGCAAUGUCUUUAAGACUUGAAGAAGCCACCUCUGGAAUAAGGAUCGUGAUGGGGGCCAUUUUGGGUAGAACGUUAGGACUGGUAUUUUCAACAGAAGUUCUGAUUCUCCUCCACAGUGCUCUGUAAAGGGAAGCUCCAAUUUGUCCUUAAACAGGCACACAGAGGUUCCAGCAGCACAGGUUCACCCCUGUGAUAAUGAAAGAAUGUCUUUAAUCCCCCCGCCCCAGGAGCUACUGCUUGGCUGCUGGAGAGGGGCUGCUGCUGGUAUAAAUUCAGAACUGUUUCUCACAGGCUGCACCUUGGCUGCCUCUGUUGGGCAGCUUCUUCUCUGUGCUGCUGUCAGCUCACAGAGGCAUGCUGUGUCUGAAAUUUGAAUAAAGGGAGCCUUGUUACAGCA